AUGGAAAACCGCGACAAAGACUGCAACAUAGACGGGGCAGCCCGAGAUGCGUUGAUAAUUCGCUUUGCCUCACGGCAAGAUUUCCUUGAAUUGUGCACAUCAGGUACCGCGUGGACUAUAGCCACAAGUUAUGUUGCAGAAGUAAAGCCACUUGCCAAUACUCCAAACCGUACAAUAUUGUGCAGGCUACGAACGCUUUGCAAAGAUAGAGAGGGACUUAAAAAGUUCAUUGACGAUAAGACGGCCAAAUGUCUCGUGCACCCCAUUUCGAAUCCGUCGAGGAAGACAAAGAAAAGGCGGACCAAGACAUUCGACAGACGGACGAAACUCGAUGAGUUUUGCUACGCCGUGUCUGGUUUGAGAUUGGAUGAAUACGAAGCGAUUAUUGAUUCCACUGUUGCCACUUUAGCUUCACCAGCGCCACCAGCGCCAGUUAUCUCUUUGACGACAGGACAGCUUCGACACGACAACUUUGAAACAACAACUUCGCACCGACAACUUCGACACGACACGACAAGUUCGGACAACUUCGACACGACAACUUCGACGCGACACGACAAGUUCGACACGACAACAACGACACGACUCGACAAUUUCGACAGAACAAAGACAGCGAAAUCAACUACUACAAGUAAAACCGUGAAUUUUGAGCUUCGUGAGAGCCAACAGCGGCACGCAACUGGAGAUAACGACGCCGCCCGGAGUGUCCAAUUUCUUGGCGAAAAUGGCUACUGCUGGUCCAAAUGUUCUCGACGUUGGCAGUUACCUAUCGACGAUUUGGGCAGUGCUGGAUUUUCGGAUCUUGACGGGCAUCAGGAUCCAAUCGGGUUUUUGCAAAACUUGAGCACCAGAAACGCGUCGAUGAGAAAACCCUUCAGGUUCCAAGUUAAUGUGAAUGUAACUUUCCGGCAACCCGAUUGUAACGUUUCCCCUCGGCAACAACAACAGCGGCUGUACGAGUCCGGGGUUGUUUUAGUCGAGAUCGACGAUUCACGUAUCGAUCUCGUCGCCACCGUUACGAGAAAUAGUCUUCUCAAUCAAGCGAAGGAUUUCAGCAGGGGCUACUGCAACUGCGAACCCCUGGAGGCAACAUUUUCAGCAGAUGCACACACAGGUGCCCCACUACCUUUAAACUCGUUCAUCUUCGACGACCCGUCCGAUUUAGCGACUUUGUACGAUUUGACGACCUGCAUUGUGCAUCGGGGCAUUGAAGUGAAAACAGGCCAUUACGUCGUGUACUUCUUGGAAGGUCAUGAAAUAUGGUGCUGCAACGACGAGAGUAUUAAAGCAACAAAGAUGGGCGAGUUUGAGGAGGACUGCAAAGCAAACUCCGUCAAGGCGUUGCUUUAUCAACAGCGUCAGGUAACAGGAUCGCCAGCAGGAUCAUCGACAGGAUCACCAACACCACCACCGUCAGGCCCCGAGACGCCAAUGCUAAAACGGGUCAUCAACAAGAGCAAUGUCGACAUUAAAAUUGACAUAGACUCCAAGUUGAUGGCUUCACGAAGCAUAUCGACUUUUCGUACGGGUCCGACUUUUCAAAUUCCCUUAGGAGUAGGGCAUUGUUGGCCUACCGAAAACGUCAAGUUGAUGGCGUUCCUCGAAGCAUCAAGGAUCCCACAAAAUGAACAUUCGGAAGAGCUGUUACAGCAGAGUACGGUUGCUAGUGGUAAGAAGAGAUUGCACUCUGACGACAUUGCCGAUCAAAUACUUUUUGAUCUGCAAAUGAAUGCUCUGUUGGGACUUCAAUCGCCAGAUGACGACGAGGACAACGAGGACAACGAGGAUGCACCUACACCACCACACGAGGAUUCUGACUAUUUGGAAUCAUUAAGCUACAAGGACGAGGAUAAGGACGAGGACGAGUGCAUCAAAUCACUCGUCGAGGGGACCAUUCGCCGUGAAUCAAAUAAUCCUAAACGAUUCAGAUCGCGUUUUCGUUAUAAACAGAAUGAGAUUCGUUCGUGGAAGUGCCUCAUAGGCAGCAGCAAUUUAUGCAAAAUAUAUUUGGCGUUCAAACGCCAGAAUGAGAAAAGGUCAACGGCGGCUUCUUUAAGCGAAGCAACGACAUCUUUGGAUCACGGAUCGAGCGCCAUUGACUUGCCUUAUCGUCAUAAGGAACUGAAGCUCUUUGGUAAGGACAUUAAGGCAUUUUUUGAAAAAGUCGAUUGUAUCUUGCAAGAACUGUUCGGCCCUGCCACCACCAACGAACGACUUUUGCCGGUCGACAGGAGAGAGGAUAUAUUUUUUUACAUGGCCAUUGUAGAUAAGGAAUACGUCCGAUCCAUCGAUUCUUGCCGCUUUUAG